CUUAGAUUCCGACAUUAAAAAGUAAGACGACAACCUGAUAUAUCCAAAACACUUGUACUAGUCAAUCAAUAUUCGUAUCUAAAAGCUCCUCCUAUAGGGCCAACAUUUCCCACUAUUUCUCCUCCUCCUGAAAAAUAGAAAGAGACUAGCACAAAAGAACUACUAAUUCAAUAGCCUCUACCUCUUUGUAUAAGAAUUUGAGGAUUCUUUAGUCUCCCUUUUGAUUUUGGUUGAAGUACAAUGGCUGAAGAAAUCUGUUUCUUUACAAAGGAUACUAUUAUUAUAAAACCUCCCAAGAAAUCUCCAGCAUUAUUGAGGAUGAUUGUUGUAGUGUUUGCAAUGGUUUGCGGUGUUUAUAUCUGUUCAACCUGUCUUAAGCAAACUAACAACGAGAAAACGAGCAAAUUCUUGAACAUUGAAGUUGUAGAAAGGCCGUGUCAUGAAUAUGACACCGACCGAUCCCAGAUUCCAUACUUUCAUUAUCCUAAACCGAAAACCUUUAACAGGGCUGAAUGUGGCUGUAAUCCUGUACGGCUGUUUGCUGUUCUGUCAACGCAGAGGUCUGGGAGUGGAUGGUUUGAGACACUACUAAAUAGUCAUAUUAAUAUAAGCUCCAAUGGUGAAAUUUUCUCCGUCAAAGGGCGAAGAGAAAAUUCCUCCUCAAUAUUGAGGACAUUGGACAGUGUUUACAAUAUGGACUUGUUUACGAGUGCUUCCAAGAAUCACUGUUCAGCUGCAGUUGGCUUCAAGUGGAUGCUUAAUCAGGUAAAAUAUUUUUCGUUGAUUUACAUGUUUUAAACUUAAAAGUUUCGCUGAGAUGUAGGCAGGGAUAAAAAUGUCGUGGAAUGGGAGACAGUGUGCUCCAACUUCUCAAAAAUCUUCUCAAACUACUUAGGGGGAGGGGUCACAGUUGUUUCAGAUUGCUAGGCACUUUGCAUCCUACUAUCUGCCAUGUGGGAGGUAUACCUAGCUUAAGAUUACGCUGCUUGAGUUGAGAUGCAACCACAUGACUCUUGCCUUUCCUCAUGAGACAGGGAAAGCCUUUGCUUUUUGAAACACUGGUUGGCAACUUCAUUAACUAUUUUGAGAGACGGAAAGGGUUGAGAACGCUGACCUAGAUCUGAAAUACCGCAGUGGAAAAAGAGUUUUAUCACAUGAAACUUUUGUUACAAUGUUCCGAAUAUGCCAAGUUUAGGUGCAUAGUAACUGGGUGUUAUUUUGGUCUGGUCUUAUGCUAAAUGUAGACUUACCUCUCUUUGAUUUCUUUUGACUUGCUACUGAUUAUGCAAUAUGAAAAUUUUGG